GAGACUCAGGCGCGAGUUCUAUUAAGUCAAGGUUACAAACCCGAUGUUGUAGCCAUUCUGGAACUCUCCGAUGACGACGCGAGUCAGCGAGACGUUGGAGGCAGCAGUGACGCCCCCCUCGGUCGACGACUCGCAGUGUAUCGAGAGCACCGGGAGACAGUUCAGCAGACCUUCGUCAAGAUGUCCACUGUGGUCCACGUCGACGCUGCGAAAUCUCGUGACGCGACGACAAAGAAACUGGUGCUGGAGAUCCAUCGAGCGCGAGGGUCUCGAGGGCCCUUUCGAGCUCGAAACCCGCCACAGUUGAUCAUCACGGGGCCUCCAGUUAGUGGCAAAGGCACGCAGUGUGAACUCCUCGUACGUGCCUUGGACGUCGUGCACUUGUCUACGGGCGAGAUGCUUCGUCAGGCGAUUCGCGACGGCACUUCACUGGGUCAACAAGCGCAAGGAUACAUGGACAAUGGCCAACUCGUUCCUGAUGAGCUCAUUGUGGGUGUCGUGCUGGAGCGGCUGGCUCUACCAGACUGCAAGUCCCGUGGCUGGCUGCUGGACGGCUUCCCACGCACAGAAGCUCAAGCGCUCGCGCUGCUGGCUGCACGGAUCGCUCCGGACUGUGUGCUGGCACUGGACGUGGCAGACGACCAAGUGGUCAAGCGCAUCGCUGGUCGACGUCUCGACCCCGAGACUGGCAAAACGUACCACAUGGAGCUCAACCCUCCGCCCUCGGACGUGGCUGCUCGUGUGAUUCAACGCAGCGAUGACACAGAGGAGACGGUGCGUACUCGACUGCAGCAAUAUCAUGCGCACAGUGAGGCUGUCGUGUCGACAUUAAGCGGCGUGUGUGAGCUGAUCCAAGCGGACGGAACGCGCUCCGUCGACCAGGUAGCAGAGCAGCUGCUGGGUGGGGCGGAGCGCUGCCUGCUACGCAACAAUGCGGCCAUCAUCUCGCUCUUCAGCAUGAACUCAAUGUACCAAACGCGUGCGUCACUGUUCCUGGCAAAUGGUACGUUUCAGAUUUAUCCGUCGAGUUCUAAUAUUUAGAACUUUCUAAUGUUGAUAUUGUG